UAUUUUAGUGGCUACUUGAAUGAGUUGAAUGUUAUCAAAAGCACGCAACAAUCAUCGAGAUAAAUAAUAUACUCUUUAGCUCGACGGGAACAGUCUACAAAAGGCAACACGUAAGGUCGUACAAGGUGAGACGCCUGGUGGCUAAAAAACGUGUUUUUGAGACGAGUAAAUGUAAACGAAUUUUAUGCCACUUACUUAUCUUGUAUACUAUUGUGAAUAAAAUAUUAAUAAUGUAGCAGUAUUAAUUAGUUUAAUAAUUAAUAUCCAUAUUCAUAAUCUGAUUAAGUGAUUAUUGUUCAAGAGCUGUGUAGUGCGUAUAUGGUCGAUCGAGAUUCGGAGGAAUUAGACUAUAAAAUAUUUAGUAUAAUAUAUUCACUAUAUUAUAUAGCCAAUGAUAUGAAUAAAUUUAUGUACUUUGCGUACGGAAGCAAUUUGCUUGCAGAACGGAUUCAUAUUCAAAAUCCAACCGCUGUAAGAAUUGGAGCUGGCAAACUAAAUGGGUAUCGUUUAGAUUUUAACGAAUUUUCAAGUUUUUGGGAAGGAUGUCCAUCAACAGUGGUUCCAGACCCUAACGAACAUGUCUGGGGUGCUUUGUGGCAACUGAACACUAGUGAUUUAAACAAUUUAGAUCAACAGGAAGGUGUCGGGAUAAAAAUGUAUUUACCAUUUGAGGUAAACAUUAUAACUCCAAAUGGCGAUAAUGUAUUAAGUCGCUGUUACAAGCUAGUCAAUCAGCCCCUUGUUAAACAAAUACCAUUGCCACUUGACAGAAGACCAUCUAAAGCAUAUCUUGAAACUAUACUACUUGGAGCAAAAGAAACUGGUUUACCAUUAGACUAUUUACAAUUUCUUAAUGAAAUACUUGAUAAUGGUAAAAACGGACCAAAAAUGCCAUGGUUAAAACAUGAACCACUAAAAAAUACUGAUUUGUAAUUAAAUUCUUGUCUUAUUUAAAAUAUGUUAUAAAUUAAGUUGUGAUAUAAGUUUUUUUAUAAAGAACAAAUAUAUAAGUGUACAAAAUAGAAUAAUCUAUAAUAUUAUUCAAUGCUAUAAAGAAAAAAAAUCUGUAAGCAGCUUAAGUUCUAAGGGUAUUAAUUAUAAUCAGUUUAUAUGUAGA